AUGGACGUGGAGUACCAGGACCUGUGCGACCCGUACAUGCUGGAGCAGGACGAGGAGAUCUUCUACGGCUUCUGGGGCAGCUGCACCAACUCGUACCGAGACACCAAGCACCACCGAGGGUAUCAGAUUCUACGCAAGUGGAGAGACGCCAUUCGAGUCAAGGGAAGCGCCAACAGCGGCAGCAGUGCAGACGAGAAACGUUCAAGUUUCCGAGCGGCUUUCGACCGGCUGAAGCAGUGUGAAGCUUUACCGGCCGGGGUCACGGCGGAUUCCGUGACCAACGACCCGUUCUUCGUCUACACGUCCAAUGUGGACUCGCACUUCCGUCGCGACUUCGACAGCAAGGAGGUGUACGAGCUGCACGGAAGUGUCGAGACGUGGCAGUGUGCGGGGGAUGUCGAGACGGGUGCGAGGGAGCCGUGCAAGAAGAUCUGGAAGCUGUGUGCGGAGUUCCGCUUUGACCUGGAUUUGGCGACCAUGAGGGCGCCUGGAGCUGAAGCCACGACGUGUCCGGAAUGCGGAGGCAAAGGGCGCCCGAACGUGCUCAUGUUCCACGACAGACAGUGGAUCGCGAACACGGCAGAAGAGAACGGCUACAUUGCGUGGGAAUCGGUGAUGGAGGUGAUGCUACAAGAAGACCCGGCUCUUAAUUUGGUUGUUCUAGAGAUUGGCUGUGGAACGCGGGUGCCGUCCGUGCGACGAGAGACCGAAAUGGUUGUAGCUGACGUGAUUGAAGCGUGUGGGCGCCCACAGGCGACGCUGAUCCGAGUCAAUCCGGACAUUCCGACUUGUGAUAAUCCUAUGAUUGUCGCGAACGACCGCUUCGUCCCUAUCCGUUCCAGAGGCUUAGAGGCUCUCGAAGGCAUUGAUCAGGAGCUCACAAACCUUCGCCAGAAAGUUUAG